UCCCGUCCCGGUUCUCCGCAAGUAGUCGCUGGCCCUGGUGAAAUUAUUAACACAGAGCAUGGGUUUACCAUCGAACUUGAUGCCAAGCAUUUUAGGCCUAAUGACAUUAAAGUGACACUUUCUGGAAAUACCUUAACGGUAGUUGGAGAUCGGCUUCACGACGAUAGUACAGGUUCGCAGACAUUACGACGAACUUUCACGCGAAAAUAUUCUAUUCCUUACGAUGUCCAACUUUCUUCAAUUUUGUCGUAUAUGACCGAUACAGGCUUAUUAAUCAUUAGAGUAAGCUGGAAAGAAACCGAAAUCUCAAUUCAAGUCGUCCCGCCGGUAGAAGGACGAACUCGUUCUUCAGUGAUGAGUGUAGUUUAA